AUGUCCGAAGUGAGGGCAUAUUCAAAAAAGGAAGGCUAUUAUUUACCCCACCAUGCAGUCAUAGAAAACAAUAGCUUGACAACACAGUUACGCGUAGUGUUUGAUGGCUCAGCAAAAACACCUACAGGCCUAUCUUUGAACGACGUGCUGAUGGUAGGUCCUACCAUUCAAGAUAAUCUUUUCACUCUAUUAGUGCGUUUCCGAUCACAACCUUUUGUUCUUACAGCUGAUAUAGAAAAAAUGUACUUGCAAACAACAGUCCACCCCGACGACCGUAAGUAUCAAAUAAUUCUGUGGCGGGAAGAUCCGUCCGAUCAAAUAAAGACUUACGAGUUAAACAUCGCGACUUUUGGCACUUCGGCCGCUCCCUUUUUAGCGAUUCGAUCAUUGCAUCAGCUAGCGGACGACGAAGCUAACACUUUUUCUAAAGCUGCUAAAGUUUUAAAAAACGACUUCUACGUCGACGACAUGCUCACCGGAGCGUCGACUAUCAAAGAGGCAGAACAGUUGCGCAACGAGUUAAUCGAAAUCACGCGUAAAGGUGGCCUAAACUUGAGAAAAUGA